AUGGCAAUUGACAAGGCAGCGGCUCGACUAGCCACAGCUUCGCAAAAUAACGCUCAAAGACAGACAGCAUCGAUUCGCCUCGAGAUUAACGGAACGUGGAACACUUUUAAAGUUGAUGUAUCGAAUCCACCUGCAAUGGACCUAAACGACGUCGAUCACAUUGAAAAAGAUGUCGAUCACAUUGAAAAAGAAAACGUCGGUGGUCGGCGAGAAGAAGACUAG